AUGCUGAAGCUCUUCGCUUCCACUGCCUACGGUUCACAUCACCUCACUCCGGCUAUUCGGUCUAACCCGGUUAACAGUCUAUUGUUCAAGUCACUGACACAGCUAACCGGAUGGAACCGGAGUACCUACGAGUUGGGUCUUCGUGCUUUCUCCUCCGAGUCCGAUUCCGACACGAAAUCUUCUGCAGCGAUUGUCUCAACUAAACCUUGCCUCGACGAUUGUCUAACGGUUAUAGCAUUGCCAUUACCCCACAAGCCUCUUAUUCCUGGCUUUUACAUGCCAAUCUAUGUCAAGGAUCCUGAAGUACUUGCAGCUUUACAAGAGAGCAGAAGACAACAAUCCCCAUAUGCGGGGGCUUUCCUUUUGAAAGAUGAUGCAUCAAGUGAUUCAUCUUCUAGCUCUGAAACAGAGAAUAUUCUAGAGAAGUUGAAAGGAAAAGAGCUGCUUAACAGGAUUCAUGAAGUUGGCACACUUGCUCAGAUUUCAAGUAUCAAAGGUGAGCAAGUCAUCCUUAUUGGUCACAGACGACUUAGAAUAACAGAGAUGGUGACUGAAGAUCCUCUAACCGUCAAAGUUGACCAUUUAAAGGAGAAGCCAUAUGACAAGGACGAUGAUGUCAUCAAGGCAACAUACUUUGAAGUUAUGUCGACACUUAGGGAUGUCUUAAGCACAACUUCACUCUGGAGAGAUCAAGUUCGGACCUAUACCAAGGCAUGUCCUCCUCGUCUUUGGCACUGCUUGCGACAUAUAGGUGACUUCAAUUAUCAAAAGUUAGCCGAUUUUGGAGCUGGGAUCUCAGGCGCUAACAAACAUCAAAAUCAGGGGGUUCUUGAAGAACUGGAUGUUCACAAACGUCUGGAGUUGACGCUAGAAUUGGUGAAAAAAGAAGUGGAAAUUAACAAGAUUCAAGAAUCAAUAGCAAAAACUGUUGAAGAAAAAUUUAGAGGCGAGAGACAUCGUAUCUUACUGAAGGAGCAGCUCAAGGCUAUAAAAACGGAGCUUGGCGUGGAGACAGACGCCAAAUCUGCACUUUCUGAAAAGUUUAGGGGAAGGAUUGACCCUAUUAAAGAUAAGAUUCCAGAACAUGUACUAAAAGUCAUAGAAGAAGAGCUUAAAAAAAUGCAGCUUUUAGAAGCCAGUUCAAGCGAGUACUAUGUGACCUCUAAUUACCUCGAUUGGUUGACUGUGUUGCCUUGGGGAAAUUCCAGUGAUGAGAAUUUUGAUGUUUCACGGGCAGAAAAGAUUCUUGACGAGGAUCAUUACGGAUUAUCUGAUGUAAAAGAAAGAAUACUAGAGUUUAUUGCUGUGGGAAGACUUAGAGGCACUUCACAGGGGAAGAUCAUUUGUCUCUCUGGCCCACCUGGAGUAGGUAAAACUAGCAUUGGGCGUUCAAUUGCACGUGCUCUUGACCGCAAGUUCUUCCGGUUCUCUGUUGGAGGACUAUCCGAUGUUGCUGAGAUUAAGGGGCAUCGUCGAACAUAUAUUGGUGCCAUGCCUGGAAAGAUGGUGCAAUGUCUAAAGAGUGUGGGAACAGAAAAUCCUCUUGUUCUGAUCGAUGAGAUUGAUAAGCUUGGAGUUAGGUGCCACAAUGGCGACCCAGCCAGCGCCAUGUUGGAGCUUUUGGAUCCAGAGCAGAAUGCAAAUUUUCUAGACCACUAUCUCGAUGUUACUAUUGACUUAUCAAAGGUUUUAUUUGUAUGUACAGCAAAUGUGAUAGAUACGAUUCCAGGUCCUCUGCUAGACAGAAUGGAGGUGAUUAGUCUUGCAGGGUAUAUUACUGAGGAGAAAGUGCAAAUUGCUAGAGACUAUUUGGAGAAAACGGCGCAGAGAGAUUGUGGCAUUAACCCUGAACAGGUUGACGUGAGCGAUGCAGCUCUUCUUUUCUUGAUAGAAAAGUACUGCAGAGAAGCAGGAGUUAGAAAUCUCCAGAAGCAUAUUGAGAAGAUUUUUCGUAAGAUUGCUCUAAAGCUUGUGCGCAAAGGGGCAUCCCUCGAAGUGCCUGAAAAUUCUGAUGAUGUUACUGACGCUGAAGAUAGUAAAUCUUUGGCCAAGACUGAUUUGGAAUCCCCUGAGACCUCUGCAGAAGGACCCACUGUGUUGACAGAUGAGUUGGCAACUGGGGAUUCAACCGAACGAAAGACUGAGCAGAGCUUAGUGGUGGCUGAAACGGUUGAAAAGUUUAUGAUUGAUGAAUCAAACCUUGCAGAUUAUGUAGGCAAGCCAGUGUUCCACGCAGAGAAGAUUUAUGAACAGACACCCGUCGGGGUUGUAAUGGGUCUAGCUUGGACAUCCAUGGGUGGCUCAACACUGUACAUAGAGACAACCUCUGUAGAAGAAGGAGAAGGCAAAGGGGGACUUCAUAUAACGGGUCGGCUUGGGGUUGUGAUGAAAGAAAGCGCAGAGAUAGCUCACACGGUUGCCAGAAGAAUAAUGCUCGAGAAAGAAGCUGAGAACCAGUUCUUUGCGAAAUCCAAGCUUCAUUUACAUGUUCCUGCAGGAGCCACACCAAAAGACGGUCCAAGCGCAGGCAGCACCAUGAUAACUUCCUUGCUAUCACUUGCGAUGAAAAAGCCUGUAAGGAAGGAUCUUGCAAUGACAGGAGAAGUCACUCUGACCGGUAGAAUUCUUGCAGUUGGCGGAGUGAAGGAGAAGACUAUAGCCGCGAAACGGAGUGGAGUGAAGGUGAUAAUAUUCCCGGAGGCUAACCGGAGAGAUUAUGAUGAGCUGGCAGAAAACGUGAAAGAAAGGCUCGAUGUUCAUUUCGUCGAUGAAUAUGACCAGAUUUUCGAGCUAGCCUUUGGCUAUGACCAUUAGAACUACAAGUCUUUAGACUGGGUUUUACAUAUCUUCUGGUUAAUAUUUUUCAAUUCUUU